UUUAACUUCAACCCUUUAAAACAUCUCUCUCCUUUACUCACCCUCUGUUAAUUUUAUGAUCCAUCAACAGCUUCUGCACAAAAACAUGUACAUCUCCAAUUAUAAUAAAUAUUAUUACAUAUACACCCAAAUCUAGAGAGGGAGAGAGAAGACACUUUCUGGGUCUCUUAUAUCUUCUACUAUAAUGCUGCUUUCUGUAUUUCUUUCCUUUCUCUCUAACCCUAUGCUCUUUUAUAUAUCUAUAUCUAUAUAGUAAGUGAACUCAGGAAUCAACAGAUCAAGGUGGGGAUUACAUAUAGAUAUAUAUAUCUGUCUAUCAAAUAUACUGAUCCGUCAAUCCAUCAAUCAAUCAAAUCACAACUCAAAAAAGAUUUCAAAGGAAUCAAGAGGAUCAUGUCGUCCUCAACAGCUGCUUUUUCACCGGACCACCUCUCUCCCUCCGACCAGCUCUGUUAUGUCCAUUGCAACUUCUGCGACACUGUCCUCGCCGUCAGUGUUCCUUGCACAAGCUUGUUCAAGACCGUGACGGUUCGAUGUGGUCACUGCACCAAUCUUCUGUCUGUCAACAUGCGUGCUCUCCUCCUUCCUGCGGCUAAUCAGCUUCACUUGGGCCACCCUUUCUUUACUCCUCAAACUCUUCUGGAAGAGAUCCGUAAUGCGCCAUCCAAUAUGCUGAUCAGUCAGCCUUGCCCAAAUGAGUCUGUUCUGCCAAUUCGAGGAGGAGCUGAGGAGAUCCCUAAACCCCCACCCGUUAAUAGACCUCCAGAGAAGAGACAGAGAGUCCCAUCUGCCUAUAACCGCUUUAUCAAAGACGAGAUCCAACGCAUCAAAGCUGGGAAUCCUGAUAUAAGCCACAGAGAGGCAUUUAGUGCUGCAGCAAAGAAUUGGGCCCACUUCCCGCACAUACAUUUCGGACUUAUGCCUGACCACCAGCCCGUGAAAAAGGCUAACGUGCGCCAACAGGAAGGAGAGGACGUGCUCAUUAAAGAAGGGUUCUAUUCUCCUGCAAAUGUGGGCACUGUGACCCCCUACUAAGACUGAAGCAGGGUCGAGAAUUAGGGUUUCUGUGUUCUUCUUCUUCUAGUCUAUUUUCUUCUUUAACUGUACGCCUUUAUCAUCACCAGGUGAUCUUUGGUAUUAAGCUUUUUAUAAAUUAGAGAACUGUUUAAACUUGCUUGGCUUAGUAACGAUGUGGGAGAGGAUUUUGGAGGGUUUAAGUUUGUAUCAUUUGAAAGCUAACAAGUGAUGAUCUCCCUAGAAAAACCACAUGGAAUGUCUCAGCAUCUUCAAGACUUUUCUCCAUGUCCA